AUGGCGGUGGCGCUGUCAACGCCCGGGGGGCUAGGGCCGGGUGGAGAAAGAUGGAGAUUUCAUGAGAGGGAAAGUAGAGAAUACAGAAGUGUGAAUAGAGAAGUGAAAAUUCUCACACUGACUAUUCUGAAGGCUUUGCCAGUGGUGUGCUCUGAAACACCCAGAAGCAGCAAACAUUUAGAAGUAUCAGGAACUGAAGAGAAGAAAACAGAGGAAAAGGAAAAAAAGGAAAAGCAGCAGCAGAAGAAAGGACACUUUUACUUUGGUCUGAAUGCAGGAGGAACUAAAUUGCUGGCUGAGAAGAUACCACAUCAAAAUUCUGCAUCUAUAAGCAUGCAGAGUAGUAUGAUCUCCCAGAAAAAAAACACAGUGGCUCAGCGAAUAUCAUCAGCAAAAGUUCACAAAAUUAAAGAGCUGAAGAAUGAAAUAUUUGACUUACAAUGCAAAUUAGAAGCAUUAAGCUUAGAAAACCGCAUUUUGAAAGAGCUUCAGUAUCGACACUUGAAAGCAAUAGAUAGAUACGAAAACUUAGGAAGCAACUUGAAGUAUCUCCUAGCAAGUCAUUAUAAUGAGGUGAGAACUUUAAGGAAAAGCCUGAGGAUGUCUCAGGAGGAUGAGCGAAAUUCAUCCAGGAAGCUCAGAGAAGUUGAAACAUCGCUGGUAAAAGCUAAAGGUGCUUUGCAGACUUUGCAUAUGCUUUCAGGAGACAAAACUCUUGCAGAGAGAGAGGAACUUGAUCACAGAUUGUCGGUCCUUAAAGAAAAAAUUGAAGUGAAUGAUAAGAGAAUACAGAGCCUGGAAAAGCAGCUGAAGUUGAACAAUAGCAGCUUUAAUCGUCAACUGGCAAAUGAGAACAGAAAAGCUCUGGAAGCUGGGAUAAUUACAAAGACCUUGCAAAUGGAAAUUAACUCUCUUCACCAAAAAAUUAAGGAAAAAGAUCGUCAACUUUUUAUAAAAAAUAUCUAUGCAAAUCGGAUGCCUAAAAUCCCAAAAGGCAAGAGUGAUGCAGUACCUCUUGGAAAAAGCUUCAGUAUACACAGAUCAGUACAAGUAGAUAAAGACAUUUUUGGACCACUGCUGCUGUCAGAGUAUGAAGCCCAGGAAACAGAAACCAGCCCUCUUCAGCUUACAAAGGAGGAAACAGCUCCAGAAGAUAAAAGUCAAAAAGCUGAAGUAAAUGAAGUAUACACAGAUGCUCAAUGUAGAACAGAAAAACAAUCAACCAAGAAAAUACCAGAGCCAGAGACUUUUAAUAGGACACAUAGAGACUAUUUACAGGAGGGCAGACUCCUGAUGGAAGAACACAUUUGUUUGGGAUUUAUGAAAGAAGAAAAAGAGACAGAUUUGCUUAAACAGGAGCUGAAAGAAGUGAUGAAAACUGAACAAACUCCUCUAAGUGACAGUAUGAAGGAGAACAAUCAAGAGGAAGAUGCAGUGAAAGAACAUGAGAAAGAAGAAAACAAGCCAGACAAAGAGCUAAAUAACAGUGAGCAGCCACAGAGUAACGGUGCAAUUUCAGGUCCAAGAAACAAAACAACCAUUAGGCUGAACAAAAAAUACAUAUUCUCAGAAGCCACUGAGAAUUUGCAUCUUGGGCUUCUUACAUCAGGUACAAGAUCAAAACACAGCAGGCUCUGCAAGCACAGGCAGGAUUGCAGUGGAACAGCUGAAUCAAAAGUGAAAAAUUCCUUUGGGCUGUAUGAACCAUCUCGUGGUAAAGGCACCCAAAGAAGGCAGAAGGACAGUUUCACUGAAGGAGGCUGUGCUCAUGUAACAUUUGCUGAAAGGAAACCAUCUUAAGAAAUGACUCUUUGGACCAGGCUGGUUUUGAAUAUACAACCCUUCCAGUUCUAACAUGGGAAGAAGGAAGAAUUGAAAGGAUGCAGGAUUACAUAAGCCAGAUUUCAAACCACCACUACUAGUUCAUCACAUAAAGCAUCUAACACCAAUC